AUGGCGCUCCCCCAUUUUCCCAUUUUCCCAUUUCCCUUUUUUUUGGCGUUUUCUCGUCUCCCACAGCGCCUCCCCCCCUCGACCCGACUGAUCCGUCCAGUUGAUCCCGCCCUGGGCUCGACCAGCCCAACCCUUCGGCUGGGCCUGUCCCUCUUCAAUUGGCCUCUGUCACGCAGGCGAUUAAGUGUUGCCCGGUUGCCAUGGCAAUUGGCGUCGAAGCCUCAGGUUGCAAGCAUGGGAAGAGGGCAAAAGACGGUUGAGCAGAGUCUAAUGGGCUGGCGACGAGGCCGUGUGUGUCGUCAAGUUGGUGCCAUUGUGCGAGCCAUUUGCGUCUUACAUUUCACCAAGUCGUGCAUGUGUGCGUCUGUCUAUAGGCUUUGUGUGGUUGUGGUGGCGAGCGAGAGGAAAUGGAUUAGAGAAGAGGGAUUAGUGUCGAUGGGAUUGUCGGGAGACGAGACGAAAACGAAGUGGGUCGAAGGGAGAAGGCGACAGGAAAGGGUCACACGAAAAGAGUGGAACGAGGUGGUGUGGGAAAAGAGACGAGAUGAGGAGAAUUGGUGGAUGUCACGCAACCCGGUGGGCCUGAUUGAUCGGACGACAGCCACUCUCCGAGGCAUUGGAGGCAUUGGAGACAUUGGAGGUGCAAAGCGAGAAGAUGAGUAG